AUGCGAGCUCUCGUUCCGCACACUUCAACUGAGAACCAAGUAGUGAUAAGAAAUGUAGAUUUCCAACUUACUGGCAACUUUAGUUGUGAAACGACUACUGACUCGGAAAGCUUUUACACGCAAAAGAGCUCGAAAUUUCUCACUGUAGUUUCCAUACCUAAGGAUAAGCCCGUGAUCAUGUCAGAGCGUGCCCACUACUCUCCCGGCGACACUCUCAAGGCGAACUGCAGCACGACUCCGUCCAGGCCGUCGGUCACCCUCUCUUUCACCCUCAAUGGAGCUCAGAAUGGGUGUAUGCGAGAAGGGAGGGGCUCGGUUUACCAUCUCAAAAGUUACUCGCCGAAAAACCAAUACCCCCUCGAUUUCGAUACUCCCCGAGCACUCGCCUACAGCAUCAAAGCAGUACCCAUACAUGAGCACAGAUACUUUGUCGGAGACGUGCAGUGCUCCGAUCUCAGUUUGGGAUUCUCUCGGCGCUACCUUUUGCGACUGGAAAGAGGAGGAGGAGCCGGUGAAAGUGUUGGAGCGUAA